CUGGCAAAAACAUGGGAAUACGGCCUUCCCUGUAAAACAGUAGUUAGUUUUACUCUGGUAGACACGUUUCGCUGACACAGACUCUGUGGUAGUAUAACACUCACCGUUGACGUGAGAUCAUUCAAGUGGUGUCGUAGAUCUCCAUUCACACAUUGUUAUAUUUUAGUACGAGUGGAGGAAAGGUGGUUAUAUCACCGCAAAGUUAAGAGAUCAUAUUCGGGAUUCGGUUUAUGAUAUAUUGUUUCUGCUGAUGUUGAGACUUGUGACAGACAUAUAAGUUGUUUAACAUUUCAAGAGAUAGAAAUUUCCGGACGAGUAAUUAAUUUCGCUGGAAGACCGAUAGAUUUUUAGAUCGAUGGUCAAGCGCUGACACUGUCUAUUACAUCUCUUGACGAAGGCUGGGGUAAUCCCCUAUCGGUCUGUACGUCAGUACACGUAUAUACAUGCGUUGAGCACACAGAGAGAGUGGAGAAGGGAGACCUCCGGUUGUGUGUCAGUUACUAUCUAAGUCACACUCGUCUGUGAACCGAUAUAACUGUGGGAACUCCAGCAUUUUUGGCACCCAGAACCACAGGAACAUGUUUGUGUAAUGCAAUGUGCCCAGAUCAGAUAUAUUCGGGAUGGUCAUUGUUGUGUAAAAAAAAAAAAACAUUUUGAACACUUUGUACAAAACCGAAAAUGUGCAAUCGACGUUUUAAAACGGUUGUGACGUCCAUAGUUGUAUGAGGAGUGUUACAGGCCUGUGUAACGUGUGUCGCGGUUAGUAUCAUGACUGAUAUUUCUUCAAUACACAGGGAGAAACUCAAAGAGAAUAUGAGAAACAUGUCAUCUCCAAACCUCCUUCGCAAGAUAUCUAUGUCGUCCAAGCAACGUCCAUUCCGGAUAGUUAUUCUAGGACAAAAUGGAGUUGGCAAGUCAGCUCUCACCGUGCGAUUCCUGACGAGAAGAUUCAUAGGAGAGUACGACCCCAACUUAGAGAAGACGUACAGCUGUAACAAGUGUAUCGAGGGAGACAACGUUAACAUCGAGGUCCUAGACACGGCAAUACAGGGUGAGAAAAACAAAACGGAAGAAAACAUCAAGUGGGCAGACGCAUACGUGUUAAUGUAUUCUGUUACGGACAGUUGUAGUUUCAACGAAUGCAGCCGAAUCAAGUUCCUCAUUAAUUCUUACUGUAAACGGGUUCGUAAGAUGAGCAUGGCGAUGGAGAGUGGCCCACAGGGGGCGCCGUGUGUGCUGGUCGGAAACCAGAAUGACAGACUACACGACCGAAUGGUCACGGAAGAAGAGGGUAGAUCACGCGCAGUGGAACUUGGCUGUUCAGCCUUUUACGAAAUAUCUGUGCGGGAAUCAGUCGACAGUGUUUCUAAAAUAUUCGAGGACAUGUGUAUUUAUCACCGAAAAACGAAGAAGUCCAAACCGUUCUUGUACAAACAGCAGUCUAUGCCUAGUAUAGUGUUGGAACAAACGGACUCUGGAGACAGUUCAGAGGGGGAGUCGAGGGUUAGGGGGCUGUCUCGAAGGCGACAAGCUCUAUAUACCAUCAGCUAGUACAUACUUCUAUAGGUAUGUUACAUAAGUCAUAAUGAGGGUUCUGACUCAACGAAGAAACACACAAAGUUUAUCAACCUUGAACACCUAAGACACAAAAAAUCUGAUCAUCGUAAGAUUUCUGGCCCAUUGGGGGAGUCAUUGGGGAGAUGAAAUAGUCAACUUGUUUUUUACUCAAACGAAGCAAGUUCCAGGUGGCUACAGGAUUGUUGGAUCGACUGAAAGAUAGGGUAGAAUGUGACGUGCUCAUUCAGUUCAUUUCAAUCAUAACUAGUAUGGUUACUACGAUGAUUCUGGCUUUAGUGGCGCUGGAACCCUAAAUAUACAAGCGAAGCACGUGCUAUUGUACUGGUUUUGGCUCAAUAGAAACGCCCAUGAGUAUAAGGCAUUUCAUACAUUGUACUUUCUUGCUAUAUAAUAUACCAGAGUUUCGGGAGAGAUGAUGGUGACUGAGAAAGAGGUGGCAAUCGUGAGGGAGGGAUUUGGAGCAUAUUCUGUCAUAAUUCUUCCGUGUAAUGGAAUAACAUGUCAUUAAAAUUGUUUUCCCACCAAAGUGUUAGGUCAAAUACAAUGUUUUUUAUACAGUACGUCAAAUCUACAACACCUUAUACAUGUUUAUCUCAGCAACACAUAGUAACGAAGGUGAAACUUUGGCGGUAUCAACCUUGCUGUGAAUACCUUGUUCAAUAACUAUUAUUCAUGCUAAUUGUGUUGAAAAAUCUCUACCAUGAAUAUAGUAUUUGAAACCCACGAGGACAACAACAUAAGUCGAUGAUUUAAUGUAGUUGUUAAAAGGGGACUAUUUUAAAAAUCGAUUAAAAUUGGAUGCGAAGUUUCUUUGAAUGACUCGGCAAGUGUGAAAUAGUUAAUAUUUUGUUCACAGUCUCAAAAAUGAAGAUACAAGAGACAAUGUGUUUGAAGUUUUGACAUUAAAGUUUAAGAAAGUUUUAAACCACAAUUUGACACAAAUCCGUUAUUAUUUGUCUCCAGUGCAAUGCUUAACCGCAUACAAACGUUUAACUUAUAUUACAUACUGUAUUUAGUAUUGAUGAGAUGAAUUACAGAGAAAGGAAUUCAGAGUGAGGAUUGAAAGACUACCGUAAAUUAGAUGAGUGAGUGAAAGUGUAAGAAGGAAUUUUAUUGAAUUGUUAUACCAUGUUAUAAAAUAUUAAAUUGUUAUAUAACUAAAA